UUGAAACGAGAUGAAGCGUGUGAGAAAUAUUUUAAUUAUUUGUUUUCUUUUGCAAAUAUUUUAGAUCUUGACAGCACAAAGAAGGCGGCCAUUUUAUUGCUGGCUCAAGAUCGGAGGGAGAAGCAUAAGCUUCUCAAGUAGAGUUUAGAGUAGUUUUUGAAUUAUUUUUGUCUUAUAAAGGCCUAAUACAAUAACGUACAAAACAGUAUACGUCUUUAGUGUAAUUUUUUUGUGAAUUUUUGAAUUGAGUGUUGGAAAAUGGACGAUCCGAAUAGAAUGAUGGCGCACAGCGGUGGUCUCAUGGGACCCCAAGGCUAUGGUCUUCCUGGCGGCGAUGGGGCGCCCGCCACUGGUGAAGGCGAAGCCCGAAAACAAGACAUCGGGGAAAUUUUACAACAAAUCAUGAAUAUUACCGAUCAAAGUCUCGAUGAGGCUCAAGCAAGAAAACAUACACUGAAUUGCCACAGAAUGAAACCUGCACUUUUCUCUGUAUUGUGUGAAAUUAAAGAAAAAACAGUAUUGUCUCUUCGCAACACGCAAGAGGAGGAGCCCCCAGAUCCGCAACUUAUGCGUUUAGACAACAUGCUGAUUGCUGAAGGGGUAGCGGGUCCAGAGAAAGGUGGCGGUGCUGGUGCUGCCGCCUCGGCAUCAGCGGCCGCGGGAGAGUGGGGUGAUUGCAGUGUGGCUCAAGCAGAUAACGCGAUCGAGCACUCGGACUACCGCGCGAAGCUGGCCCAGAUCAGACAGAUCUAUCACCAGGAACUGGACAAGUACGAGAACGCCUGCAACGAGUUCACCACACACGUCAUGAACCUGUUACGAGAGCAGAGCCGCACCAGACCCAUCACGCCCAAGGAAAUAGAGCGCAUGGUGCAGAUCAUACACAAGAAGUUCAGUUCCAUUCAGAUGCAGCUGAAGCAGUCCACCUGCGAGGCCGUCAUGAUCCUGCGUUCUCGCUUCCUGGACUCUCGCCGCAAGCGGAGGAACUUCAGCAAGAGGGCGCUGGAGUUGCUCAACGACUACUUCUACUCGCACCUAGCCAACCCCUACCCCAGCGAGGAGGUCAAGGCCGAGCUGGCGCGGCUCUGCGGCAUCACCGUGUCGCAGGUGUCCAACUGGUUCGGCAAUAAACGUAUUCGCUACAAGAAGAACAUCGGCAAGGCGCAGGAGGAGGCGAAUCUGUACGCCGCCAAGAAAGCCGCUGACCUCUCUUGGGCGGGCGCGGGCCGGCGCGAUGCGCGCUCACCUUCGGCCGGACACGCCUCAUACAACACAGCGGGGGCGUCACCGUACUCGAUGGGCGCCGCGUCGGGGACGGCCACCCCCAUGAUGUCUCCGGCGCCCACGCAGGACUCCAUGGGGUACGCCCUGCCGGCGGCCGGCUACGACCAGCCUCAACCACCAUACGACACCUCCAUGUCCUACGACCCCAUGCAUCAGGACCUGUCGCCUUAGGCGCCGCGGCCGAGCCGUUUCCUCGGACUCUCCGUCUCCGUACUACCGGCGCCGGCGGUCGUCUUAGAUAUAGAACCUUGUAUACUACUUACUCUAUGCGUCUACACGAUUCCUACACAUUUUCUAUUUUGUGUUGUGACAUGUGUGGUCCUCUGUAUUAAAGUGAAGAGUAUUUAUUUCUAUCGAAGCACUAUUUUGUUACGAUCUGUUAUGGGGAGGGCAGCUAACGAAAGUAUCUUUGGUCCGAUGUUCUUAUCGAAAGUUAUUAUUUUGGCAGUAUUAAUAACACACCACGUGACGGGAUCUCGUCUCUUAGCGUUCACGGAAUAACCUCCAAGCUAUGGAGACUAAAUAUACGGUAGUUGUAAGUGAAGGUAGUGUAAUUUUUAUAUGUAAGCAUUUUAUGUUAUGCUGAAUAGUGUUCGAUGGAUCGCGCCAUACGCGGAGUGACGCUCGACCGGCCGCGGCACAAGCUCGCUGCUGGUAGACAUGAAACUAAAACAUGGAGCUGAUGGUUUCUGUAUGACGAUGCUUUAUAUCGUUUAUUUCUUGAUAAUGAUAAUAUUAUAUAUUUUAAAUACAUCACCGGGUGUGUGCGGCCGCGUUGAGUCGCUGUCCCAUGGCGUGGAAGUGAAGUGUGCAAUUUUAAUAUUUACUAGACUCUGGUCCGCAGUCAGCUGUUACUGAACAGCGAGUAUCCAGUAGAGUAGCGUUUUAGUAUUCGUCACCAGCCGAGGUUCGUCGGCCGUUGUGGAUAUUGAAACCAUGUAUAUUAUUAUAUUUUAUGCGGUGCUAAUGAUGUUCGUAGCACAAGAUUUUAUUUUAUCACGUAUUUAGUUGAUAAGUUAAUGUUAGUUGUUUUAUAAUGAUUUUUAUUUUUUGUCCUUUUUAAAUCAAAUCCAUUGCUCGUACCGUAAUAUUUUUGGCUCUACGUAUUGAUAGUUCCGCCGAGGAAUAGUUCGGAUAUAUUUUUUGUAGCGAUAGGUUUGUGUUCUAAAUCAAUAUAUCUGAGACAGUAUACGAAAAAAAAGAAAUAUAAAUGAGAGUUAAACGAAAUUCAGUGGGAUAUUUUAUAAAACACGCCGCUGCUUUUAAUGUCUUUUACAAUAUAAUUGCAAAACUAUUUAUACGAUUUUAAUAAUAGGUAUUAAUAAAAUUCAAUCUAUGAAUGUUGUAGUAUUACGAAGAGAGUCGGCGGCGUGAACACAUGUAUACGAAGACGAGUUCAAUGUUAUUGCGACCAUCAGAUUAAUUAAAUUACAUUUUUGUGUAGUUAA